AGUACCUACAAAAUUAAAAAUGAACUUAAAAUUUUUUUUGGGGUGCGUAUUUUUAGCUGGUUGUUUCUCAGAAGGACAAUGUACUACAGCAUGCCAAACAAUGGAUGAUUUCAAAAAUCCCAGCAAACCUCCUUGCUGGAACAAUCCUUAUGGUGAUAUGAGUGCAGCAGAAAUUCUGGAAUCAUGGGGAAACUACGUCGAAAAAAGACAUAUUAUAGUUGGUUCAGGAUACAAUUUAACCCUUAUUAAAACCCAUACUUCUGGCAUAUCUCCAAGUAAAACUGUAAUUUUUAUGCCAGGAAUAAUGAUGGACACCAAAGGAUUUUUAGUUACAGGAGAUAAAUCGUACGGUUAUGCUUUUUCAAAGGCUGGAUACGCAAUUUGGCUGUUAAGUUACAGAGGAGUAGGAGAAAGUAGAAAACAUAUUAAAUAUUCAGAUACAUCAUGUGAUUUUUGGAGUUUUAGUUUAGAUGAUUUGGUCAACGAAGAUGUUAAAGAUACAAUAAAUUAUGUUGUAAAAGAAUCGAAUAGGAAAGUAACUUUGCUUGGAUAUUCAAUGGGUACAACUUUAAGUACUAUGUAUGCAGCAGGCUAUCCAGAUGAUGCAGCAAAAAACCUUAACGGAAUUGUUAUGAUGGGGCCGGCUAUUUAUUUGAACAACACUCCUUCAAUUGCUUGGACCUUACACGAUUUUUGGCCAAUUGUUAAAACUGUGCCUCAACUUAUUUCUCAUUGUGAAGUAAGCUUAAAAACACUUUCACCAUCAAACCCCAAUCCCACUUAUCAAAGUAUUAUGACCCAAGUCACCAUGCAAUCAUUAUUUUUUGGAUUUAAUAAUGAUGGAAUUGAUCCAACAACUAUAACAGCAAGUUUAACCCAAAAUCCUUCAUCAACAAGCGUUAAACUUUUGGACCAAUUUAUAAAUAUUAUGAAAAGCAAAAAAUUGGUAAAAUAUUCAGAGGAAAUAUCAAUUUUUCCAUUUAUUCAGUUGGAACAAACGUACGAGCUAAAGAAUAUCAAAGUGUCAAUUGCCAUGUUUUCUGGACCCAACGACUAUUUGUGUACUGCAACUAAUUCUAAAGAAGCGUACGACGAUAUUAAUCCGACAUUUCAGUGUGGAUACUACUUGAUAUCGGAUACAAGUUUUACUCAUGCAGAUUUUGUUAGAGGAAAGGAUAUCCCAACUGUUUUAUUGCCUAAUGUUCUUGAAAAGGUUGACCUUUUUUCGGAAGGAAAAUGUUCUUAAUUUAUUUCCAAAUUACAUUUUUGUCAAUAAAUUAUUAAACUUUAUAAAAUAUACCUUUUUUAAACAUUU